AUGACAGAUGAGGAGGUGGAGAUGAUGCGACAAGGACAAAUGGAGGCUGCUGUCAACCGUGUCCGACUGAAAGAAAGAUCAAGAGAUGGGCGUGAUUCAGGCCGGUUUUACCAAUAUCUGACUGUCGAAACGAACGAAACAACACCGAGUCUCACACUUCCGAUACAACUGGGCGCAUCUGACACGCUACGAAAAGAUCUUGACAGGACUGGCACAGACAACCACCAUCACCCGAUCGAUCCAACUCUGGCUAACAACAAAAAGUGUGUCGAUCACCAUCCUUCGAGCGUAACAACAACAACAAGUGAUACAAGGUCUAAUCAGAGCGGACCUGUUCUCGAGAGGCUCCAGCAGAGGCAUUAUGAUCAUGGUGCCAAGUCUUCCCAGUAUUGGUCUGGUCGUUAUUUGUCAGUGUGUGACAGGAUCCGAAGUGAACCUUUAAAGAACAACAAACUUCUUCCACCGGUAGAGUCUUCUACUCAGGCCAUGGAUAUGGUCUUUGAUGCGUGUGAAAAAGCACGAAUCCGGCUGGCAUUAGACGAGCUUAGAAGAUCAUGCAUGACUCAUGAUGCACUUGAAAGCUUCGAGCAUUUCGAAACCGGUCUGCUGAAGAAGAUUGGUACAUCUCACCACAGUCUUUACCGAGAAAGUAACUCUUUAUCAAGAGUCUCCGAUACGGGAUCAAUAUUAAGGACGACUGGUGGCGGUGGUCGAAAAUCUGGAGACGCAUUGAAUGUGCCUAACCUGCUGUGGACCCCCUCAACGCCUAACAGGUGGCUUUCCAGUAUCAACGCCGAAGCCGCGAUGAGCAUAUCUUCCGGGAGUUUUGAGGGCAAAGGCGCUCUUGCGAAGAGCAAGACCACCGGUAAUCUGGCGUCAUUCAUUCCAAAGUUCAGUAGCAGACAACUGCCACCAUACAUCAAGACCAACCACCAAUCAAACUCGACGGCGCCGAACGCGCACCAGCGGCGAGUGUCAUACAUCGGACUGUCUCCCGAAUCGGCAGGGUCUACUGCUGGGGACAGAGAACCCCCUUCAGCAAGCCAAAAUAGAUCAACGCACAGGCGGUCGGGUUCACAGAUGUCCUCUCCCGGUCUCGUCAACAGCGAGAGCCGCAGUCCCGAAUCGCAGUCCACCCUUACGACUACAACAAUGGUCGAGAAAGAUCGAAGCCUGAUAUUUGGGAAGAAAGUCCGAAAGCUAGACCAAGUGGUUAGGAGCCUUGACUGCGCUAUGAUGGAAAGUGGCCAUACAAUACCCCCUUGUGAGAGAAAGUCGCAACCUUUCUUCCCGCGAGUUCAAAUGGUCACUGUGCAGGGAGAGAAAGAGAAAGUGAUUCGCUCUUGGAGAAAGUCAGAGCGGCAGUCCAGUGGAGAGAUGUUGAGGAAUUUGUUUGGAGCUGGGGUGCGAGAAGUGAAGAAGAUGGGGCGUAGGGUUGGAGCAAUGAGCAUAGGAAGCAGUGAGGAUCUGCCAUCAUCGAGGCACGAAUAG